AUGCGCUCUACACUCCGGCUACUGGCCAAUGUCAAGCCCCGGUACCUGGAGCCUUUCGCUCCCACCGGAUUGACGGGCCUUUUCACCCACCCCAGCCCUCGCCCUACUUUAAUCUACCUCUACUCCACCACUCUGCAAAAGCUGCAAGCGUUCCCCGAAACCUCCGCCUACCGCCAAUCUGUUGAAGCUUUGACCCGCCACCGUCUCCAGAUUGUCGAAUCGCAAAAGCCCGCCGGUUUCGAUACUUGGUUGGAGCGUGUGAAGAAGACCGUGGGAUCCGAACCCGAGCGCUUCGCCAAACUCCAGCGCACCGAUGGCACUUACUCCCACGCCGCUGCCCAACAGAAGGAUGGAAGUGACAAUGCUCGCGGUGAAGAGUGGGACGGCGAAGGCCUGUCAGCUACAACUGAGGGUCCCGCUCGUACCCCGCAAGAAGAAGCGGAAUGGACCAAAAUCAUGAACGAGGCCAGUGAGACAACUGAACAGGCUGAGCAUGAUUUCUACCACCAAGAUAUGAAAUGGGAGAGCGAGCCUGCUCUUGAUGCCGACCAGAUCUCUCACGUUGAACAGCAGAUCGGCGCUGGCCUUAUUGAAGAGGUCAUCCAAGUGGCAGAGGCAGAGCUCAAGCUUGUAGAUGAGUUGGCUAAGUACAAGGUUUGGGAGAGCCUCGAGGAGAAGCCCCAGCCCGGCCAAUGGACUUAUUUCGAGCGUGGCAACUAA